CUCACAUCACAUUCUCCACAAAAACAUAAACAUUAUACAACCAAAACAAGUAUUCUAAAGUAAGAAAGAUUCAGAGAAUAUGAAGAUCUCCGUUUGUUCAAUGUUGUCAAUCUUUUGUGUUCUCUCCCUUUUAUCCUUUUCAUCAGCAGCAAAUCCCAAAAAGACUAAUUCUGGUCAAGAUUUUGUUCAGUGUCUUAUUCGUUCAAGUUCAACUUCCAUAUCCAAAGUUAUUUACACAUCAGAAAACUCUACCUACACUUCUGUCUUGAAGUUCUCCAUUAAUAACCUCCGGUUCGACACUCCGAGUACUCCGAAACCUAUUGUUAUUGUCAAACCUGAGGCCGAAUCGCAGAUCCAGACUGUCAUUUAUUGCUGCAAGAAGCAUGACAUUCAGAUGAGGAUUCGAGGCGGGGGACAUGACUACGAAGGCCAAUCCUACGUAGCCCAAGUCCCGUUUGUUGUCGUCGAUAUGAUUAAUCUUCGGUCUAUCGAAGUUGAUCCUGUAAAAGCUACUGCAUGGGUUCAAGCCGGUGCAACGCUUGGGGAACUCUAUUACAGGAUUGCUGAGAAGAGUAAUACACUUGGAUUUCCAGCUGGAAUUUGGUCGACAGUGGGUGUGAGCGGACUCGUUAGCGGUGGGGGAUAUGGUACAUUGAGACGCAAGUAUGGCCUUGCUGCUGAUAACGUGCUCGAUGCACGCUUGAUUGAUGCCAACGGCAGAAUUCUUGAUAGAAAAUCAAUGGGAGAAGAUCUGUUUUGGGCCAUCAGAGGAGGCGGAGCUUCUAGUUUCGGUGUCAUUCUUUCCUGGAAACUGCACCUAGUUUCCGUUCCAAAAAUUGUCACCGUGUUCCAAACAGCCAGAACUCUAGAGCAGAAUGCAACUGAAAUUCUUCACCGGUGGCAAACUGUGGCCCCGAGGCUCCCCAAAGACGUUGAAAUGCGAGUUGCAGUCAACCCAAUUUGGACGAAUCUGCCUAAUGAGCCCCAGAAAACGGUUCAGGACGAUGGUACUCCGAGUCUCAAUGGUACGAAAACCGUGAGUGUGAAUUUUAUAGGACAGUUUCUUGGACGAAAAGAAAAGCUACUGUCGAUGAUGAACAAAAGGUUCCCCGAAUUAGGCUUGGAGGCCGAAUCGUGCUUUGAAGUCAGUUAUAUUCAAUCGGUGCUCCUCUUCUCUCUGUUCCAGGCCACCGAUUCUCCUCUCGGCUUGUUGAACAGAACUGCCUACAAAAUUGCGUUUAAGGCCAAGUCCGACUACGUGAACAAGCCUAUACCGAAAGAAGGCCUGGAAGGUUUGUGGAAAGUCCUUCUCGAACAAGAGCCGGGAAGAACGAAUUUCCUCCUUACAUCCUACGGGGGGAAGAUGGCUGAAAUAUCAGAAUCGGCAAUUCCAUUCCCUCACAGAGCAGGAACUCUGUACAUGAUGUACAUGAGAGUCCGGACUGACGGAGACACGUCAGAUUCAAUCAAGUGGAUCAGAGGCUUGUACAAGUACUUGACUCCUUACGUUACCAGCAAUCCAAGAACUGCCUAUCUAAAUUACAAUGAUCUGGAUCUGGGAUUGAACAAGCCACACGGGAAAACCAGCUAUAAGCAAGCUAGCAUAUGGGGUAAAAAGUACUUCAAGAAUAAUUUCGAUAGGCUGGUGAUAAUCAAAUCGAUCGUGGAUCCUGAUAACUUCUUUAGGCAUGAACAGAGUAUUCCUCCUUUUGCUUAGUAGUCUUAUUUUCGCAGUUGGUACAAUCAAGUCCCCUGAUGCAAUUUUUUUGUUAAAUUGUAACUGUAAAUUUACUAAUCACAAGGCCCUUCCGAAUC